AGAAACAGAGCCCAUCUUCUCUAUAUAUUUGAUACUUCUCACCCCUAAUUCCCAGAUCUCUCAUUCACAUUCCUCAAUACAUUCAUCACGCCAAAACCUUAACCAAGAUUGUUUCUCUCAAUCCGACACCAUGAGCAAUCAAGCAGAAUCCUCUGAUGCUAAGGGUACGAAGAGGGAUUUUAGUACAGCGAUUCUGGAGAGGAAAAAGGCGCCGAAUCGGCUGGUGGUGGAUGAGGCUGUCAAUGAUGAUAAUUCCGUGGUGUGUCUUCACCCUGAAACUAUGGAAAAGCUCCAGCUUUUCCGCGGCGACACUAUCUUAAUCAAGGGUAAGAAAAGAAAGGAUACAGUAUGCAUUGCCCUUGCUGAUGAUACAUGUGAUGAACCAAAGAUUCGAAUGAACAAGGUUGUUAGAAACAACCUCAGGGUUAGGCUCGGAGAUGUGGUUUCUGUGCAUCAAUGUGCUGAUGUGAAGUAUGGGAAGCGUGUGCACAUUCUUCCUGUGGAUGACACAGUUGAAGGUGUUACUGGAAAUCUCUUUGAUGCUUACCUGAAGCCAUAUUUCCUUGAGGCAUACCGUCCAGUAAGGAAAGGGGACCUGUUUCUUGUUAGGGGAGGAAUGAGAAGUGUAGAGUUCAAGGUUAUUGAGACUGAUCCUGCCGAGUAUUGUGUUGUUGCCCCUGACACUGAGAUCUUCUGUGAGGGGGAACCCAUUAAAAGGGAGGACGAGGAUCGGUUGGAUGAGGUUGGCUAUGAUGAUGUUGGUGGUGUUCGCAAACAGAUGGCUCAGAUUCGUGAGUUGGUAGAGCUGCCACUUAGGCACCCACAACUUUUCAAAUCAAUUGGGGUCAAGCCUCCAAAAGGAAUAUUGCUUUACGGACCUCCAGGAUCUGGAAAGACCUUAAUUGCCAGAGCAGUGGCCAAUGAGACUGGUGCCUUUUUCUUCUGUAUCAAUGGGCCAGAAAUUAUGUCAAAAUUGGCAGGAGAAAGUGAAAGCAAUCUGAGGAAGGCAUUUGAAGAAGCUGAGAAAAAUGCACCAUCCAUCAUAUUCAUUGAUGAAAUUGAUUCAAUUGCUCCAAAGAGAGAGAAAACUAAUGGAGAGGUUGAGAGGAGAAUUGUUUCCCAACUCUUGACAUUGAUGGAUGGACUGAAAGCCCGUGCCCAUAUUAUUGUAAUUGGUGCUACAAACCGUCCCAAUAGCAUUGACCCUGCCUUAAGAAGGUUUGGUAGAUUUGACAGGGAAAUAGACAUUGGUGUUCCUGAUGAAGUUGGGCGUCUUGAGGUUCUCCGUAUCCAUACAAAAAACAUGAAGCUUGCUGAUGAAGUUGAUUUGGAAAGUAUUGCCAAGAACACACAUGGAUUUGUCGGUGCUGACUUAGCUGCUCUUUGUACCGAGGCUGCCCUUCAGUGCAUCAGGGAGAAGAUGGAUGUGAUUGACUUGGAAGACGAUUCCAUUGAUGCAGAGAUACUGAACUCCAUGGCUGUCACCAAUGAGCACUUCCAGACUGCUCUUGGAAUAAGCAAUCCCUCUGCCCUGCGUGAAACUGUUGUUGAAGUGCCCAAUGUUAGCUGGGAAGAUAUUGGAGGCCUUGAGAAUGUCAAGCGUGAACUGCAAGAGACUGUUCAAUAUCCAGUGGAACAUCCUGAGAAGUUUGAAAAGUUUGGUAUGUCACCUUCCAAGGGGGUUCUUUUCUACGGUCCUCCUGGAUGUGGAAAAACUUUACUAGCCAAGGCUAUUGCCAAUGAAUGUCAAGCAAACUUUAUCAGCGUCAAGGGUCCUGAACUGUUAACUAUGUGGUUUGGAGAGAGUGAAGCAAAUGUUAGAGAGAUUUUUGACAAGGCUCGCCAAUCUGCCCCUUGUGUCCUAUUUUUUGAUGAAUUGGACUCCAUUGCAACUCAGAGAGGAAGCAGUGUAGGAGAUGCCGGUGGUGCUGCUGACAGAGUACUUAAUCAGCUUCUGACAGAAAUGGAUGGCAUGAACGCGAAGAAAACUGUUUUCAUUAUCGGUGCCACCAACAGGCCUGAUAUAAUUGAUCCUGCACUUCUCCGUCCUGGUCGUCUUGAUCAGUUGAUUUACAUCCCUCUCCCUGAUGAGGACUCACGGCUUCAGAUCUUCAAGGCAUGCUUGAGAAAGUCGCCUGUCUCCAAAGACGUAGACCUUAGAGCCCUUGCUAAAUACACACAAGGUUUCAGUGGUGCUGACAUUACAGAAAUAUGCCAACGUGCGUGCAAAUAUGCUAUCAGAGAGAACAUUGAAAAAGAUAUUGAGAGGGAGAGGAGAAGAAGAGAGAAUCCUGAGGCAAUGGAGGAAGACGUUGAAGACGAGGUAGCUGAGAUUAAGGCUGCUCAUUUUGAGGAAUCAAUGAAGUAUGCUCGGAGGAGUGUCAGUGAUGCUGACAUUCGCAAGUACCAGGCAUUUGCUCAGACGUUGCAGCAAUCAAGGGGGUUUGGUUCUGAAUUCCGGUUUAAUGAGAACAGUAGCGCUGCUACCGGAGCUGAUCCCUUUGCAGCUCCUGCUGCCGCAGCAGCCGAGGAUGAUGACCUGUAUAGUUAGGUUGUCUACAUCUCCCCGUGUUAAUUGCUUUCCUUAUGCCCCUGGAUUUAUUUCAUUCAAUUGCCCUGAAAGGAGGGGCAGGAUUGAUCUGUGGGAAAGAUUUCACCUGUAUUUUAAGUUCUAAUUACUCGAAGGUCCCGGAAAAGAUUACAAUGAAGAAUUAAAUUAUUGAUGGAUCCUU